AUGGCGUCCNCCGCCGCGCGCGGGACCCGCGCCGUCGCCACCAUGGCCAAGAAGAGCGUCGGGGACCUCACCGCCGCCGACCUCGAGGGCAAGCGCGUGCUCGUGCGGGCCGACCUCAACGUGCCGCUCGACGACAACCAGAACAUCACCGACGACACCCGCAUCCGCGCCGCCAUCCCCACCAUCAAGUACCUUCUCAGCAACGGCGCCAAGGUCAUCCUCACCAGCCACUUGGGUCGUCCUAAGGGUGUUACUCCUAAGUUUAGCUUGGCUCCCCUUGUGCCACGAUUAUCUGAGCUUCUUGGCAUUGCGGUGAAAAAAGCAGAAGAUGUUAUCGGCCCAGAAGUUGAAAAAUUGGUGGCUGACCUGGAAAAUGGUGCUGUUUUGCUCCUGGAAAACGUAAGAUUUUACAAGGAAGAGGAGAAGAAUGACCCAGAGUUUGCAAAGAAGCUUGCAUCACUGGCAGAUCUGUUUGUAAACGAUGCAUUCGGAACAGCCCACAGAGCACAUGCCUCGACUGAGGGAGUUACCAAGUUCUUGAAGCCUUCUGUUGCUGGAUUCCUUUUGCAGAAGGAACUUGACUACCUGGAUGGAGCUGUUUCAAACCCUAAGCGCCCAUUCGCUGCCAUUGUGGGUGGCUCAAAGGUGUCGUCCAAGAUUGGGGUUAUCGAAUCCCUGUUGGAGAAGUGUGAUAUCCUUCUUUUGGGUGGUGGUAUGAUCUUCACAUUUUACAAGGCACAAGGACUCUCAGUUGGUUCUUCCUUGGUUGAGGAAGAUAAACUUGAGCUGGCAACAUCUCUCCUUGCAAAGGCAAAGGCAAAGGGUGUCUCCCUUCUGUUGCCAUCUGACGUUAUCAUUGCUGAUAAGUUUGCUCCUGAUGCUAACAGUCAGACCGUCCCUGCAUCUGCAAUUCCUGAUGGUUGGAUGGGGCUGGACAUUGGCCCAGAUUCAGUCAAAACAUUUAAUGAUGCCCUGGACACAACACAGACAAUCAUUUGGAACGGACCAAUGGGUGUCUUUGAAUUUGACAAGUUUGCAGUAGGAACUGAGUCUAUUGCAAAGAAGUUGGCCGAGCUUAGCAAAAAGGGUGUGACAACUAUCAUUGGAGGCGGAGACUCCGUUGCGGCUGUUGAGAAGGUGGGAGUGGCUGAUGUUAUGAGCCACAUCUCAACUGGUGGUGGCGCUAGCUUGGAGCUGUUGGAAGGAAAGGAGCUGCCUGGAGUCGUUGCACUUGAUGAAGGUGUCAUGACGAGGUCGGUGACCGUAUGA